AUGGGAGGUUUGCCAAAAAAAAAAAAAAAACUUUUUUGUAUGUUUACUUUGUGGAUAUCCUCCCAGAGUACGAGAAUACUUUGCAAAUACUGGAUUAGUAUCUGCUACUGGGAUAACUUGUAUAUGAUAAAAGGUGUUUCCUUCUUAGGACAAUUAAUGCUCAAGAGGUCAUUCAGUAAAGUUGCAAAUACAUCAAAUAGACUUGUCACCACAACGAAAAUGAGUACUGACUAUACAAAUUGGUCAAAAGAAGAUUUGAUUUCCAAAAUCAAUCAACUUGAAAGUAACUCCUCUACUACUUUCAAUGGGGAAACCUCAUCCCAAAGGUCAAUCAAACCAGUUAAGAAACAGAAAAAGAAAGAGUUUGAUUGGAGUAAACAAAACAUGAGAUUUGUUGCCUUUAAAUUUGCUUAUUUAGGGUGGAAUUAUAAUGGAUUGGCAUUACAAUUAGAACCAACUCCAUUACCUACAGUAGAAGAAGUAUUUUUGAAAGCAUUAGCAAAAGUCAAAUUAAUCAAAGAACCAAUAGAAGAAGUGAAAUUUUCUCGAUGUGGAAGAACUGAUAAAGGUGUUAGUGCCAUGAAUCAAGUAAUUUCCAUUAAUGUUCGAUCAAAUAUAACUUUAGAAAAUCAAUCCAACCCUGAAUUUGAUGAUCUAGAAAUUGAUUAUAUAUCGGUAUUAAAUGCAAAUUUACCAAGUGAUAUUAAAGUCCAUUCAAUAUGUUUGAGACCACCACCAGAUUUUGACGCUAGAUUCAGUUGUUUAUCUCGUCAUUAUCGAUAUAUUUUCCGUAAACAAGAUUUAGAUAUCGAAUUAAUGAAUCAAGGAGCUAAACUUUAUCAAGGAAUUCAUGAUUUUAGAAACUUUUGUAAAUUAGAUGGAUCUAAACAAAUUACAAAUUUUGUGAGAGAAAUUUAUCAAUCGCAAAUUAUACAUUUACAUCAAGAUUAUUAUUGUUUUGAUUUAAAAGGUUCAGCAUUUUUAUGGCAUCAAGUUCGUUGUAUGGUAGCAAUAUUGUUUACUAUUGGUCAAAGUUUAGAAUCUCCCCUGAUAAUUACUGAUUUGAUGGAUACGAAUAAAUUCCCUACUAAACCACAAUAUGAAAUGGCUCAUGAUAUACCAUUGGUGUUGUAUGAUUGUGAAUUCCCAUCAAUGGAAUGGAAAUCCACUGAUGAUGAAUAUAGAUUACAUCGAGUAAUACAAGGUUUCACUCGAAUGCAAUAUGAUUUACAAUUGAAAACCCAAAUGCUGCAAAUUAUGGAAGAUACUUUAUUCAAAAAUCAAGAUCCAACCACUACUACAACCAAAAUUUUGAAAACUAUGAAUAAUGGUGAUGGAGUUGGUCGAUCUUAUAAUAAAUAUAUGCCAAUACUGGAACGUGAACGUACUGAAAGUUAUGAAGUUUUGAAUCUAAGAUGGAUGGAAAAAAAGGGAUAUCGAAGAGGACAAGAAAAACUCAAUAAAGAAUAA